AAAAAAUACACUUUCCACUUUGGUUAGCACAAUAACUCGAAAUAACAACCAGAGUUAAAGGAGCAAGUUGGGUUAGAUUGGGCUAUAUUUGGAAUCUCAUUAUCUCAAAGUGGGCACCCACCCUUUUUCCUUAUUGUAAAAUUUCAUUGUUUCUCUCUCUUCCUACCACUGGAGGCUUUGUCUAUGGUGUUCGUGAUUUCUAAUACCAUCACAUUAUUCCACAUUUCCCCUAUUUUCCUCCUCAAAAAAAAAAAAAAAAAAAAAAAAAAAAAACCGAGCUUUUCUCUUAUGGCGCCCACUUAGGAUAGUGGGGAUCCUACUCAUUCAGUCUAAGUCUCCAAUCGCAGCAGUGGCAGUAGAGGGAAAUGGUGAGACAAAGAAUCCAGAUCAAGAAGAUUGAUAAUGUAACUGCGAGGCAAGUAACAUUUUCAAAGCGACGAAGAGGAUUAAUUAAGAAAGCUGAGGAGCUUUCUACUCUUUGUGAUGCUGAAAUUGGCCUUAUUAUUUUCUCUUCUACUGGCAAACUCUUUGAAUACUCCAACCCAAGGAUGACACAAGUGCUUCAACGGCAUAUGCUACAUGCAGACAACAUCAACAAGCUAGAGGAAUCAUCACUAGAGCUAGAGGCUGAGGAUAGUUUGUGUACUAUGCUAAGCAAAGAACUCGAGGACAAGACUCGAGACAUAAGUCGUAUAAAUGGAGAAGAUCUUGAAGCAUUGAGCCUUGAUGAGCUAAUGAAAUUAGAAAGACAAGUUGAAAGGGGUCAAACCAAAAUUCGCCGAGCCAAGGGUGAAAAACUUCGGAAAGAGAUUGUCACCCUCAAGGGAAAGGAAAUUGAAACGGCAAAGGAAAAUCAAAUGUUGAAAGAACAGGUGGAAGUGACCUCGAAAUUUAUUUUACAUCUUCUGUUCCCAAAGAAAGUUUCUCGAUUAAGAAGUAAAAUAGUUGUCUUGGUCAAUACUACAGAUGAAAGAUGUGUCAAAAGAACAUUUUUCUCUGCUGCAUUUGGCUGCGGAAUCAGAUAUCAGCGUUCCCUCAUCAGCUCCAAUUCAAUGGCUGCCAAAAAAAGAUAACAACUCGAUUUCAAAUACUUUUCUUACAUUGGGCCCUCCUGUACAAAGUGAAAAUUUAUGAAGUGUAUUGCAAAUUUGCAAUAAAGCGCGAGCUAUGGAGUAUAUGAAAGCAGAUUUAUGUAUACUAUAGUCAUGGAGAGAAGGAUAAAGCUAUAUAUAUGUUGAAUGUAUUUAAAUUGUGCUGCUUGGAAUUCUAGUCAGCUUUGUAAACCCUAAUUCAGACGAUGCAGUAGUAAGUAAAUAAUGCAGGAGGCAGAAGUUGAAGGUGUUCAAGUCUUUGUAAGUGUUAUAUUCUCUUACUUUCUUUAAUUCUCUGUGCCCUAGUUCUUUGUGAAUUACCUUUGACAGAAAAAUAUGUUUGAUAUAACUGAUUGAGAUGUGGGUAAUCCUACAGCAUUUUUGCA